GAUUCGGGCAUGAAUGGAAAUGAAGCGAGAAAACUCUGCAGAGUACUUCUAUGUUAGCUGUGAUUGAUUAGGGAGGCCGUUGACGUGCGGCAAGCGGGCUCGAAGAUUGAGCCAUGGCCGCACCCACUGCAGACACAUUCUAUACAGCGCCAGGGCUAGGAGCAGGACUGCGUGGCAUUGAGCUCGACCGGUGUUACAUCGGCGACAUUGUUUCGGGCAAGCGGCAUGGCUUCGGCACUUACCAGUACCCGAACUCGUUCUUCAAAUACGAGGGGCAGUGGGUCAAUGGCGAGAAGCACGGCCUGGGCAAGCUGUCCAUGCGGGACGGGGCCUACUACGAGGGCGAGUUCGUGCACGGGGAGAUCGUGGGGCAGGGCACGCGGCGCUUUGCUAACGGCGACACGUACAUUGGCACCUUCAACAUGGGUGUGAUGCACGGCUUCGGCGUCAUGCGGCUGGGCAACGGCGACACGUACCAGGGGCCGUUCGUGCAGAACACAUUCCACGGUGUGGGCGUGUACACCUGCGCCAACGGUGACGUGUAUGAGGGCGACUUUGCCAAGCACCAACGCACAGGCCAGGGCCGACUCACAUACGCCGACGGCAGCCUGUACGAAGGCGGCUGGGUGGGCGGUCGCAAGUGCGGGCAGGGCGAGGCAACCUUCGCAGACGGCAGCUGGUACAAGGGUAGCUGGGCGAAUGACGCCUUCCACGGCCCCGGCGAGUGGUACCAGGCGGCCACGGACCUGACCUACCGCGGCGAGUUCGAGGCGGGCCUGCCGGCGCUACUACCCACCAGCCUCACGCUCACCUGGACGGCGGAGGAGGACCCCAAGGCUAAGAAGAAGCCCGCAGCCCCCGCGGGGGGCGGCAAGGCGGGGGCGCCCGAGGAGGCGCAGCCGCUGCCGGUGGUGCUGGGUGAGCCCUGCCACGUGCCACUGGUGGUGGCAGCGCAGCUGCAGGAGCCGCUGCCGCCGCCCGCUGAGCCGCCGCCGCCGCCGCCGGACCCCAAGAGCAAGUCCAAGCCGCCGCCCACGCCGCCGGGGCCAGUGAGCGUCCUUGUGCUCAACCAGCCGCCGGAGCCGGGGCACACCUGGCGCACCGCAGACAACGAGUUCGGGCGACUGGCCAACAUCACGCUGCACAGCGAGCCGCCCAAGCCGCUGCCGGCCGGCCGCCUGCUGCGAGUGCUGGUGGUGAACACGCUGCUGCAGGACGGCGCCACCACGACAGUGCGAGUGGUCAUCAGCAGCACCUGCCAUCUGGAGCCGCCGCUGCCGCUGACGCGCACUCCAGCCGGCGAGCUGGUAGCGUGCAUGCAGGUGGAGCUGGAGGCGGGGCAACGAGUAGUGGAGGGCCUGACGGUGGGCUCCCACGCGCCUGAGGACUGGGACCGCCUGGUCAGUCCGGUGGGGUGCGGCUACCUGGUGGCUUCCACACGUGAGGCGGCGGGGCGGGCAGUGGCGCCCGCGCACUGCAAGAUUGCGCUGCCAGACCCCAAGGCCAAGCGGCCGGGGGCCAAGUAGAGGGUGGGGCGGGGAAGUGCAGGGCGGCGAUGGAUGCAUGGGCGGCGGAUUAGGAGUGGCUUGCUUGUUUGCGAUGCUUGGCAAUUGACGGUAGCGCUUGAACUUGAAGGUAGCCACGGUUGGCGCAUGGUUGUGACGGAAUGACAUGCACGACGCAUGGAGGCAUGUACAUACUAAUCACUACGACCGUUGACUUGACACGUGACACGGGUGGAUCUAUCUUGGGCUGGGGGCAGGAGGAGAGACAGACGAUGGAUGGCAGCGCAUGCCGUCUGCCGUGCACCUUGCCAACAGUGACGAAAGCGCUGUAAAGUGCAAAUGCA